GCGCGUCCCUGGGCUCAGACCGUGGAUGGUGACCGCCCCCUCGGAGAGCCCGCGCAGACAUGGCGGAGAGUUGGCUACGCCUCCCCGGAGCUGGGCCGUCGGAGGAGGCCGCGCCCGAGGUCGGUCGAGAGGAGCCCGACGCCCUGGACGACAGCUUGACCAGCCUGCAAUGGCUGCAGGAGUUCUCCAUUCUCAGCGCCAAGGCCCCUACCCUUCCUCCGGGAGGAGCCGACCCCCAUGGCUACCACCAGGUGCCAGGUUCGGCCGCGCCGGGUUCUCCUCUGGCGGCAGACCCUGCCUGCCUGGGACCGCCGCACACGCCAGGCAAGCCCACGUCGUCGUGCACGUCGCGGAGCGCGCCCCCGGGGCUACAGGCCCCGCCCCCCGACGACGUGGACUACGCCACUAACCCGCACGUGAAGCCGCCCUACUCGUACGCCACGCUUAUCUGCAUGGCCAUGCAGGCCAGCAAGGCCACCAAGAUCACCCUCUCGGCCAUCUACAAGUGGAUCACGGACAACUUCUGCUACUUCCGCCAUGCUGAUCCCACUUGGCAGAAUUCCAUCCGACACAACCUGUCCUUGAACAAGUGCUUCAUCAAAGUGCCCCGGGAGAAGGAUGAGCCUGGCAAGGGGGGGUUUUGGCGCAUCGAUCCCCAGUACGCUGAGCGGCUGCUGAGCGGGGCCUUCAAGAAGCGGCGGCUGCCCCCAGUUCACAUCCACCCUGCCUUCGCCCGCCAGGUCUCCCAGGAACCAAGUGUUGCCCCCUGGGCUGGGCCACUGACCGUCAACAGCGAGGCCCAGCAGUUGCUGCGGGAGUUCGAAGAGGCUACGGGGGAGGUGGGUUGGGCAAUGGGCGAGAGCAGGUCUGGGCACAAGCGCAAGCAGCCGCUGCCCAAGAGGGUAGCCAAGGUCCCAAGGCCGCCCAGCACACUGCUGCUGACCCAAGAGGAGCAGGGCGAGCUGGAGCCACUUAAAGGCAACUUUGACUGGGAGGCCAUCUUUGACUCGGGCUCACUGGGUGGAGAGCUGGGCUCCCUGGACAGUCUGGAGCUGAGCCCACCGCUGAGCCCUGCCUCACACAGCGACGUGGACCUCACGGUCCACGGCCGCCACAUCGACUGCCCUGCUACCUGGGGGCCCCUGGUGGAGCAGGCUGCUGACAGCCUGGACUUUGACGAGACCUUCCUGGCCACCUCCUUCCUGCAGCACCCGUGGGAUGAAAGUGGCAGUGGUUGUCUGCCCCCGGAGCCCCUCUUUGAGGCGGGGGAUGCUACCCUAGCCACCGAUUUGCAGGACUGGACCAGUGUGGGUGCCUUCUUGUAAGAGGCCAGGCCCAACCCCAUCUCCGGACAGUGCCCAUCAGGGCCCAGAACUGCCCCCCAACACAGGCUCCUGGAUGCCCCACCGCCCAGGCAGGGGCUGGGCAGGGUCUCCUGAGGCUGG